GUGUUUGGCCUUAUUAAAGGAACCAAAGUUGGACUUGUGGUUGAUGUGUCUCAUGUGAGUUACGGUCCUAGACUACUGGAUUUUCAGAAGGACCUUUUGUGCUUAAUAGAUGAACAGCUAUGUUAUAAGAAGCAAUUGUACUGCCUCUCAUUCAGUACAGAAAUUUCACCUCUGUGGGAGAGUCCAAAAAACAUCAAUGUUUGUGUGCUACAUGAAGCAAGACAGUGGAUACAACAGCUGGAGCCUGGUCAAGGCUGCAAUUUGCUGAAAGCCUUAAAACACGUCCUUAUGAUGAAAGAACUGAAUUCUCUGGUUCUUAUUGUAGGAAGCUGCCCUGAUCAGUCUUUGGAAAUACUGUCUGACUAUGCUCAGCAGUGUAUGCUGGGGAGAAAACUGCAGACUCAUGCUGUUACAUAUGAUUGCAGCAAUCCUGCUUCUCUUGCAGUUCUAAAGCACCUUGCAGAAGCUGUAAGAGGCCGUUAUCAUUGCUACUCUUCAAAGGGAGAGAACUUUGAUAGCAGUGAUUUUCAUCUGCUACUUCAGGAGUCCCGGAAGGCUAAGGACCUACUCAAGAGCAUCAAACAGACUCUUCAAAGAAGAAUUGGUGGCUCACUUGUUGGUAGAAUAGCAGAUGUUUCCACAGAAUUUGCAAAUACAGCACCUUCCAACUUCUUACCAAAACCUCCAAAGCAUGAAGGACCAUUAGUUAUUCAAACGCCAUGCGUGCUAGCCAAAACCUCAACAGACUGGUUAAAGACAAAUGGAUUGAAAGCUAAAAAGUUAAACCUUUAUCAAGUUUUGGCACCCAAUGCUUUCUCUCCUGUGGAAGAAUUUGUACCUAUUCUUAAAAAAAAAGUAUCCUCAACUCUGCAUGAGAAAGCAAUGGUGCAGUUUGAAUGGUAUGAUGGAACUGUGAAAAAUAUCCACGUUGACUUGCCAGCAUUAUACAACUAUCAGAAACUCCUUGCUGAAAUGGUAGGAAUCUAUGAGAAACGAAUUGACUGGCUAUCUCUUGCUAGCAGAAGAACAUGGGGAAGUGUUUGUGAAAGGAGGGUCGUUAUACUUGUUGAUGUAUCAGUGACAAACUCUAUGUACAUCAUCCAUAUCCAACAUGCUUUGCGACUUUUACUUGAGGAACAGAUGUCAGAUAAGGAUUACUUCAAUAUUAUAGCAUUUGGGAGUGAUGUCGUGCCUUGGCAGCUGGAACUGGUUCCUGCCCAACCAGAAAACUUACAAAAUGCUUGGAGGUGGGUGUUGAGCUUGCAGUGCAAAGGGAGUAGAAAUUUCAUGAGUGCGCUCAGGAGAGCUGUGGAAGUAGACUUCAAAGACAAAGAUAAACACAAAUCGCAAGGACUUUACAUGCUGACUACUGGAAUACCUGAUCAGGAAACGCACACAGUCAGCGCUUACGUGGGUGAGGUUUGCAGAGGUUUUGAUUUGCAGCUUCAUGUCUGUCUGUUCAGUGUAAUGGAGGACGUUGACUCCAGUGGGAUUGUUCCAGCUCGCUACGCUAACCCAAUUGAAACUGCCACUGCUUUUAAAGAAAUAGUACGGGCAGCCAAUGGGAGAUUUCAUUGGUUUGGAGAAGCAGGUAUUUUUGAAAGUGAUGAUAUCACCGUUAUUGUGUCUGAAAUGGAAAAAGCAAACAACUACUCCCAAAAG